CCCAUGUUUACCGACACCAGGUGGCUUCCGGUAUCAUGGCUGUCAAUCAUUGAAUAAGAUUGUGUUGAUUAUGACUUUAGUAGUGAUGUUGUGUUUUCAUGUUUAAGAAAUGGACCCCACCAGCAAGGAAAGUGAAGAAUCAACUAAUGAUGAGAAGAAGUCAGCGGUCGCGGGUUCAGAUGUGCACCAUGAGGCAGGAAUCGGCGAAGAGAACGUGGAAGACGCUGAUAUUGAUAACGAAGAUCGUGAUGAUAUUUACAUGGUACCGGGCUCGAGUUCGGGAAACGGAGGGUCCGAAACCAUGCAUUCAAGCAUGUUACGCAUACCAACACCUGAAGAAUCUAAUUUUCUCAUGGAAAAUAAAAAUACAAACAGGAAAACUGGUGCAGAUAUGAAAAUUCUUGUUAGCUACUUAAAAUCUUUGAAUGAAAAGCGCCCACCAGAAUGCAUCCCACCUAUAGAACUUGAUAAAUACCUGUCCUCCUUCUUCAUGGUUGUAAGAAAGUUUGAUGGAGCGGAGUAUGAGCCCUGCAGCUUAAGGGCAAUGCUGGCUAGCAUUGAGCGGUACCUGAAACUAAAAUGUUACCCAACAUCUUUGACCAGAGAUAUUCACUUUGCAAAGACAAGAGCUGCCUUGAAGCUCAAGCAACAAAUGUUGAAACAAAUGGGUAAAGGUGUGAAGUCACAGAUAUCAUCAACAUCACAUGUCAUGGAACAGAGAUUGUCACAGUUAUGCAAAUCUCAAGAAUUUGGACCUUACACCCCUGUGUCAGUGCUAUUUUCUCUGUGCUUUGUUUUUGUUGUGAAUUUAAAAAUGAGAAAAGCAACAGAACACAAGAAAUUGUUGUGGGGAGACAUAAUGUUAGGAGUAGAAGAGGAGUCUGGGAGGGAAUAUCUUGCAUUUUCUCCACAAAUGCUGCACAGAACAGCAAACAGUCACUUGCGUCAAGCCCGGCAGAUGAUAUGGAGCAAGCCGGAGAUACCAGAACAGGAUCCUGUAGCUUUGUACAAAUUAUAUGCAGAAAAAAGACCUAUUGCUGCCAAUCACAGAUACUCUCCAUUUUACCUGGGUGUAAAUGUGAAUCAACCUGCCCCUGCUCAGUCAUGGUAUCGCCCUUGUGCUCUAGGUAUGAACAAGCUUAAUGAGAUGGUGAGACAGAUUCGUGACCUAACAGGAAUGGCUGCCCAAGUUGCCCCGUCAGAGGGUACUGCUGUUGUAACAGGUGAUGGAGACUCAAACUGUGACUCUACAAAUGCCUCAUCAGUUGAUAAUGACGAGGGAGAAUUGAACACAAGCCAGAAUGACAGCUACAGUCGACAAGACAGUAAGGUGUCUGAUGUUCUGGCAUACCAUGUGAUUGCACAACCAGAUUCUGAACUGGACUCUAGUGAUAGCCUGUCCCAUCAGUCCCUCUCAUUUAAUGAAGAAAUAGUAGAUGAUGUUGCUGACCAACAGGACAACUGCCAUGGAACUGUGUCAGGAUACUCCACUGAUGAUAACAUUGCUAACGAACCUCACCAUUCAGAGCACACUGAUGAUAUUGAUUUAGCUACAGCUAAACAUCAGCUCUCUGGGAUUUUGCAAAGGAUGGAUAUUUUGGAUCUGGUAGCGUUUGACCAGUGGUUGAAGAAAAUGAAGAUUGGUCGCGACACUGCAACAGGUGAGAUAGUCUGCCGAGAGGAUGGACGAGGGAUGCAGAGUGUCAGUCAACUGCUGUCCCGCAAGAGAAGUCAUGAUUCUGAUGUCCUUGACCUUAGCCCAGACAAGACUAAGUUAGAAAGUCUGCAAGAGUCAACCAAUAUCACCCUCAACAUCUCCCUCACCCCACAGGCUCUCCUGGGUGGGGGACCAGUCACAGUCACCGCCCACACUUCCAGGGCGCCUCCCGUCACAGACAUCCCUGACGAUGGCCCAGCCCAGAACAAGAAUCAAGACAAAAUACCACCCACAAAAUCCAGCACUCCAUCUGGGAUAGCCAAGUCAGUGUAUCCUAUUCACAUCAUCCCCAACGCCACAUCCGAAAGCAGUACAACGAAAUAUUCACGUCUUUCACCAGGUGUGACCAAAAGAGAAGGACUAUAUUCUUACAGCAGCAUCGCAGCACGGGGAGGAUCGAGUUACCUGAGACAGUUGACUUCUGGACACGGGACCGCUGUGUCCAGUAACUCUGGCCGCCCAGCCACCUCCACCCACCACUCCACACUCUCGCACAGAUCUGAACCUUCCAUAGUCAAGACAGUGCUGCAGCAAACCCUUCGCCCCGCAUCCAAGGCAGAUUUCUCUCAUUACUUGUCUAGAUCCAUGUAUCACCAUCCUACCAGCAGUAGCCUCACCAAUGGGCAUUCAGCUAUUAUACCAGAACCAGGUUCGGGACCAGUCUUCCCCAAGCCUGAACCAGUUUGAACGAAAGUCACAACUAUCAUGUCUAGUCCUGAUGCCACCUACUCAUAAAUAUUCGUCAUUUGCUCAUCUGUAACCAAAAGUAUCAUUUGAAGAGUUAACACCCAACGAUUUUUUCAUAUUUAUAUAAAGAUAUUAUUGUUGACCCAGUGAUAUACAUGUACACAUGAUGUAGGGCAGUAGUUGUGGUGGAUCUUGGAGGGUGGGUGGAUCUUGUAGGAUGGGUGGAUCUUAUAGGUCAGGUGGAUCUUGCUGGGUGGGUAAUUAUUAGCGUUGGUGGAAGUGAUCUUGUCCAUAAUGCAUUUAUUCUGUAUACAGGGACUACACGGACACAUACUUAGAUCUGCAGUUAGUUUGUUUAUGAUGAUGAGGAUAGAGAUGAGUGUUGUUCAUUUCAUGCGGCUUAUGAAUCUUACAAUAUCAAACAUUUAUCUGUUCUGUGAUAAGAAUCAUGUUAGUUGAGUACAUCACGCAGAUUGAAGAACAUUGUUCAGUUACUGUUUGGGGUCAAAUGAUUUGUAAAUGUAUUUGAUUGCUCACAUGUCAUUCCACUUAAGGUGCACAGUAGAUGAAGCUAUAUCUAAACCAAAUGUAUGCUGAUAAGAUCACUUUGUACAACUUCCAAAAUAAGUGCUCUUGGCACUUACAAAGACUGCACAGGGGUGCUUAUCAAGUAACAGCGUUCCCGUAUACUGGUAAUUACCAGUUUUUUACCCUUUAAAAUUAGGCUUGACCCAGUAAUUCAUGGGACUGCCAGUCCCUGUGGGCCAGUAAAUAAAGUACCAUAUAAAUCUUGUUGAACAAAACAUCGGUGAUAUUCAUACAAGUACCUUCUGUUUGUUACCAUCAGGGUUUCCCCUGGUCUUUUUCUAGGUUAAAUAUCCAUUUGUAGCGACUUCAUCUCGAAAUAUU